AUGAAGUUCUUUUGUUUGACUCUGCUGAUUAUUAGUGGAAUUACAGUUUCAAGAUCAGAGCGGUAUGAAGUAGUGGGAGCUGCAGAUACUGUGUUUGCUGUAGCUGGUGAAGAUGUGAUUCUGCCCUGUUCAGUCAAACCUCUAAUGAGUGUUGUGAACAUGAGAGUGGAGUGGAAUAGAUCUGAUCUGAGAGGUUCACUAGUGCAUCUCUAUGAUGACCAUGAAGACAGAAACACAGAUCAGAUUCAGUCCUACAGAGGGAGAACAAAACUGAUCCAUCAAGAACUACAGAGAGGAGAUGCAUCACUCAAACUCGCAUCAGUCCAAGUCUCUGAUGAAGGACGUUACAAGUGUUUUAUUCAGUCCAAAUCCUGGUUUGAUGACACCACUGUUGAUGUUAAAGUUGAAGCUUUAGGAACUCCUCCAGUGAUCACUGUUGAUGGAUUUGAUGAUUCAGGAGGGCUUCAUCUACAAUGUGAAUCUGAAGGUUGGUAUCCUGAACCUGUUCUUGAGUGGCUGGACAGUAAAGGAGUCAGUUUGAGUUCAGAAACUACAGAGACACACAGAGAAACAGACAGAUUCAGUGUGAAACACACCAUCACUGUACAUGAGAGAGACAGUACAUAUCACUGCAGAGUCAAACUGAGGCAUCACAUGCUGGAGGCACUAAUAAUCAGCUCAAGUAAUAUGUUUGAUUCUUGGAAGGCACCAGUCAAACUGAUUUCAGUUAUAGUUGUGGUCAUUGUGAUUGCUGGAAUUGCUGGAUUACUGAUAGCUGUGCUUGUUCAUAAAAAUAGAGAUUCCAAGUGGUUAAAACAUAAAAAAUUAAUGAAUGUGAUUCUGGAUGCUGAUACAGCUCAUCCAAGUCUCAAUGUGUCUAGUGAUGGGAAACAAGUGAGAGAUGGAAACACACGACUGGAAAGAGUGGACAGGGAAGAGGAGCAAAAUGACAAGUUUGAUAAAUAUCUUGCUGUCCUUGGGAAGGAAGGGUUUUCUUCAGGGUGUUUUUACUAUGAGGUGCAAGUGAAGGGACAACCUGUGUGGGAUUUAGGAGUGGCCAGAGAAUCCACUGAGAAAAAAGGGUCUAGCAUAAUGAAUCUUCUCAAAGGAUACUGGAUUGCGGGUCUGAGAUAUGAGAAGUACAUGUAUCUGUCUUAUAACUUUUAUAACUCCCCAGAAGUACUUUUUUCUCUGAGAGUGAAGCCCCAGAGGGUCGGUGUGUUUGUGGAUUAUGAGAAGGGUCAGGUUUCCUUUUACGAUGUGGAGUCCAGCUCUCAUAUCUACUCUUACACUGAUCAGUCUUUUGAUGAGAAACUCUAUCCAUUUGUUAGUUUGGGGUAUGACAGUAAUGAAAUCUCUACACCACUGAUUAUCUGUGAUGAUUACUGA